AUGUUUGAAAUGGAUUCGGAUUCUGAUGAUGAAACUUUUGGUUUAACUAAGCCAAAAGUUAUCGAACAACGGAAUGAUCCGAAGAAACAGCCGAGAAGAGAAAAGUUUUUUGAUCAUACAGAUGAAAAUAAUUUUUUCCCCGAUAUUAAUCAAGUUUUACAAAAACUCGAUACAAAUGAAUGCAUCAAGCCAGCAAAAAUCUUACGAAAUCCAUUUAAGCAAGAAUUAAAAGCUUCAAAUCAAAGAUUAGCUCAAAUUAAAAGAGGAGUUCCUCUUAUGAAUAUAAUACCUCACGAACUUACUAUCUAUCCACUCCUUGAAGAAAAACUAAAAUAUAAUGGCGUGGCUGAUGUAAUCUCAGAAUUACCUCAAGAUUAUAAGGCAGGAUUGAUUAAAAAAGUUGAUUUUGUAAUACCAGUACGUGAUAAGCAAGUCAGACCACCUCCGUUAUCAGCUAGAAUUAAUACAGCAGACCAAAUAACAAAGCGAAUUCAAAGGUUGAUAACUAAAGGUGAUAGAUUAGCACUUAAAUAUCAUAAUGAAGUUAUAUCCAAUAUAAAUCACGCAAAUCAACGAAGAGCGCGUGUAAUGAAGCAAUUUAAUUCAGAUUUAAACAAAUAUGGAUUUAGAGAAGCAUCUAGGAGAGCUCAGAGAGCAUCACAGAAGAGUAGACUAAGAAUUAUAUCUAACCAUCCUUGGUGGCCUGAGUUUAUUGAUUAUGCUUUUUCAAAUUCUGUUACUUCAGAAGAAAACCAAUUAAUCCAUGAUAUUGCUGAAACAGAAAACCUGAAUGGACCUAAGCUAAUGGGAUUCAUCAAGGACAUCCUUGAAAAUUACCAAAAUCCAUAUAGAAGUAUGGAACUUAUCAGAUGGAUUAAUAAUAGAUGCAAGAUAAUUGAUGAUAAUGUCUUAAGCAUUAUGAACGACCAAGGAAUGUUUUCUCCAGAAUCUUCCAAAGGUCACGGUAUUCGAAGAAUGAACUCUGUUAUUUAUAAUUAA